AUGGGCGACGUCGUUACUAUUAGAACUAGGAAGGUUCUCUCCAACCGACUUCUUUAUAGGAAACAAAUGGUUGUUGAAAUCCUUCACCCCGGCCGUGCCACCGUACCCAAAACAGAGAUCAAAGAAAAGAUCGCCAAGUUGUACAAGACCACCCCUGAUGUUGUUAUCCCCUUUGGAUUCCAGUCCGCCAUCGGAGGAGGAAAGACCAAGGGAUUUGCCCUCGUGUACGACACAUUAGAUUAUGCCAAGAAGUUCGAGCCUAAACAUCGCCUCAUCCGUAUGGGUCUCAUGCCAAAGGUAGACAGAGGAGGUCGCAAGCAACGCAAAGAAAGAAAGAACCGACAAAAGAAGGUGCGCGGAGUCAAGAAAGCCACAGUUUCGGCUGGAAAGAAGGUAGUUCCUCCUACGUAUCAAACGGCACAACGGUGA